GGGGUAGCAGCGGGGCCGGGGCUCAGUUCCCCAGUGCCUUCCCGUAUUUUGGAGCGAUCCCGAGCCGUGCCAGCACUAGGAAAAUCAAGCCAUGGAUCCGGGCGCUUCCAGCACGUCCCUGGCGGAUCCCAGUGGAGAUCCUGAGCGGAACGCUUCCAGGAUCUGCGGGGUCUGCGGGGACAGAGCCACCGGCUUCCACUUCAACGCCAUGACCUGCGAGGGCUGCAAGGGCUUCUUCCGGAGGAGCAUGAAGAAGAAGGCCACGUUCACCUGUCCCUUCAGUGGGGACUGCCACAUCACCAAGGACAACCGGCGGCACUGCCAGGCCUGCCGGCUCAAGCGCUGCGUGGACAUCGGGAUGAUGAAGGAAUUCAUCCUGACAGAUGAAGAGGUGCAGAGGAAGCGGGAGCUGAUCCUGAAGAGGAAGGAGGAGGAAGCACUGAGGGAAAGUCUCAAACCCAAACUCUCAGAGGAGCAGCAGAAGGUUAUCGACAUCCUGCUUGAGGCCCAUCGCAAAACUUAUGACCCCACCUACGCUGACUUCACUAAAUUUCGGCCCCCUGUGAGGAGCCACCCUGGCAGCAGAGGGGCCACAAAAUCCUCGUCCCUGCUCACCCAGGACCUGUCCUCAGAGGAUUCCUCGGAUCUCUUCGGCUCCGAGGCCUUCAGCACGUUCCCAGAUUCCGUGGAGCCGCCGCCGUUUCCCAGCCUGGGGCUGCCUGAGGAGCAGGACGAGAGCUCCUCCAUGAACCUGGAGUUCUCGCAGCUCUCCAUGCUUCCACACCUGGCUGACCUGGUCAGCUACAGCAUCCAGAAGGUGAUCGGCUUUGCCAAGAUGAUCCCGGGAUUCAGGGAUCUGUCUGCGGAGGACCAGAUCGUACUGCUCAAGUGCAGCGCCAUCGAGGUGAUCAUGCUGCGCUCCAACCAGUCCUUCACCCUCGAGGACAUGUCCUGGACCUGCGGCAGCAGCGACUUCAAGUACAGGGUCAGCGAUGUCACCCAGGCUGGGCACAGCAUGGACCUGCUGGAGCCACUGGUGAAGUUCCAGGUGGGGCUGAAGAAGCUGAACCUGCAUGAGGAGGAGCACGUGCUGCUCAUGGCCAUCUGCAUCCUGUCCCCAGACCGGCCGGGCGUGCGUGAGCCGCGGCGGGUGGAGGCGCUGCAGGAGCGGCUCUCGGAGGUGCUGCAGAGCUACAUCCGCGCCCGGCACGCCGCGCCCGGCAGCCGCCUGCUCUACGCCAAGAUGAUCCAGAAGCUGGCGGACCUGCGCAGCCUGAACGAGGAGCACUCGCGGCAGUACCGCUGCCUGGCCUUCCAGCCCGAGCACAGCAUGCAGCUCACGCCGCUGGUGCUCGAGGUGUUCGGCAACGAGAUCUCCUGAGUGCCGGCCCUGGGUGCCCCGGAGAAGGGAGGAGCCGCGCCCGGCUGUGCGGGGAGGAUCGGGGGGCUGAGCCCGAGCUGGGGCUGGGGUUUGGUGUCUCCGCUCGGGUUUUUCCCCUUCCGAGAGCUGGAUCCCCCCGUGGAUGUUCUGGGGCUGGGCUGCCUCGAACGCUGGGAAGGGGAAGUCCUAGGAGAUGAACUCGGGGUGCCGCUGUGGAUGCGGAGCUCUGAUCCCCCCGAAAUCCCACAGCAGCCGUGGGCUCGGACACCCCAAAUCCCGGCCAGCAGGUGCCAUGGGCAAUGUCCCCACAGCUCCCACACAGCCCGUGUGCUGCUGCUGCCGGACUGGGAUGAACCAGAGGCAGCUGAGAAAGCCCCUAGAGUGGAAACUUUGUCCUCGGCCCUCAAAGGGAAGAGCAGGAUGAGCUUUGUUUGCACUCCCUGGGAAUGGGGGAGCAAUCUGAUCUCCAGGUGAUGCCCCCACUUUGGAACUGGACCCCUCUGGGGGAUGAGAUGAUUACCCCUGGGCUGGGGCAGGGACCCCAGUUCCAGCUUGGCUUCCUCCUCCUGCCACGUUCUGGAGGCUGCUCCAGGCCCUCGUUCCUACCCACAGCAAACUCUGGGAAGGGAGGUUUGGCAGCUGAGAGGCUCCAGACCCCUCGGAAGAGUCAUCACAGCCCCCCUGGGCCAUGACCAAUGGCCGGAGGGUCCCCAGUGUCCAGAGGGUCUUCAAUUCUGGCCAAUAAAUUCCUGCUUGGGCAAAUCAA